UCUCGCUUGGCGACUCCGUGUCUCAUUGCUACUUUUCAAACUCGUUAGUAAGAGCAGCAUUAACCCAAAUAUCCAAAUAGGUUUCUAAUUUUUUAUUAUUUUUUUUGGUCGAUUUUUUUUUUUUUUUUUAAAUUAAAAAAGAAUCAAUCGCAGGCUGCCACGUAUCAGUGGGACCCGCGCACAGUAAAAAAACUCCACUACAUAUGUUUCUUAUUUGGCUACAUUUAGCUCUUUUCUUCCUCGGUUCCCCCAUUUUUGUGGUCUUCUCCUCUCCUAAAAACCCUCUUACAUACCUGGUUAAUGCUGCUCUAAGAGCAACAUUAUCGGUGAGAUGAAGAGAGAGAGAGAAAGAGAGUCUCUUAUUUUGUUUUUGUUUUUCUGGUCGUUAGAAAGUAAGAGACAGUCUUCAAUUAAGGGUUUUUCUCUUCUCUUUCUUUCUCGGUUCUCACCCCCUCUUCUAAGGGAUACCUUAAGGGACUCCCAAUAAUAGUGCCCUAAUAUUCUAAUACCCUUUGUUCGUCCUUUAAUCAAAGCCAAAAAAAAAAAAAAAAAGAGAAUAUAUCAUGUUCUUGUUUAUGAAGAUAAAUGUGAUAUAUUUUCUAUGUAUUUUUUAUUACUUGAAUUAAAGGUGUAAACUUUAAUAAAUAUUAAUUGAUAAAAUAAAUUUCUUGAAUUACAGAAUUACUACUGAUUUAGAAUCAUAUGGAAUUAUUUGGAAUAAAAAUGAUUAUAACUAAAAUAUUAAUUUAUAGUGUAUGGAAUUAUAUGGCAGAUGUUCAUCACCUAAUUCAAUGGACCUCCACUCCAUAGAUAGCAGUACCCAGAUUAUAAAAUUGAAGAGUCUUCAUUAUUUUCCGUUCACUCUUCAAUGGACCUCCCUCCCAUAUAUAACAAACAGUGCUCAGUUUAUAAAAUAGAGCAGUCUCUCAUUAUUUUCCGUUGACUCUUCUAUUCAAAUAUUCCGCUCGAUAAUAAAUGACAAACUAUGGCGCGAUUCCAACGUCGUCUCAUGCAUCACCGUCACCACCGGUGGUCGAUGUCGAGUCUUUAUCGAGCGACAACCAACGUACGAAAGCCGCGCGUGCCAUGCCCCGUCGUCCUUGGGGAGUGAUGUUGGACGUCCACGCCAUAGGGCUUCCUUGCAGCGUCUCCGAUGCUUCAUCAAGAAUCAAAACGAACUGCAAUUACUUUCUGAUGAACUACAGUAUCUUCCUUUCCAUCAUCUACUUGAUAGUCAUCUACAGUGGUCUUAUCAAGCAUCCUGUCUCGCUCAUCGCCUUCACCGUGUUGGUUUCCAUCUAUAUCUUCUUCUUUAACCUCCAGUACCACGAGCCAGUCGAGUUGUUCCAUUAUCAGAUCAACGGUUGGACGUUUCUGAUUGUUAAGAUUUGCUUAAUUUUCUUAGCUGUCCUUCUCCUCUUAUGGACCAAGGAGACGUACAGCUUCCGUUGGCCGUUGUUGAUCGGAUGUGUUGUGAUAUUGAUCCAUACGGUGGUUAGGAAGACGGAAGAUCUCUUCCUGGAUGAAGAGGCUGCGGGGACGACUGAGACUUAUUGGAAUUGGGGUCUCAUACUUGCUCUGUUUCUUCAGAUUUGUUUAGGGUGAGGGAUGAUACGACUUUAGAAGUUUGAAUUGUUACCAUUUGUCAAAACAAUUAGCAGUGUGAUUGAUAAAAUGUAUAAUUUUUUUUUUUUCACAGAAUGUAUAUAUUAUUAUAUAAACUUUAAAUACGUUCGAACGUCUCAUGUUCUUUUUU